CAAUGCUCCUAGCGACGUUCAAGCUGUGCGCUGGGAGCUCCUAUAGACACGUUCGCAACAUGAAGGGGCUGAGGCACCAAGCCGUGCUGGCCAUCGGCCAGGAGCUGAACCGGAGGGCACUAGGGGGCCCGACCCCGGGUGCAUGGAUUAACCAGGCUCGGCGUCGGAGUUCUCUGCUUGGUUCUCAGCUGGAAGACACUCUCUACAGUGACCAGGAGCUGGCCUAUAUCCAGCAGGGAGAGGAGGCCAUGCAGAAGGCCCUGGGCAUCCUCAGCAGCCGGGAGGGCUGGAAGAAGGAGAACCAGCAGGCAAAUGGGGACACAGUACUGAGUAAAGUGGUCCCAGAUAUGGGCAAGGUGUUCCGGUUGGAGGUGGUGGUGGACCAGCCCAUGGAGAGGCUUUAUGAAGAGCUUGUGGAGCACAUGGAAGCGAUGGGAGAGUGGAACCCGAACGUCAAGGAGAUUAAGGUCCUGCAGAAGAUUGGAAAAGAUACAGUCAUCACCCACGAGUUGGCUGCAGAAUCAGCAGGAAACCUCGUGGGGCCCCGGGACUUCGUGAGCGUGCGCUGCGCUAAGCGCCGAGGCUCCACCUGCGUGCUGGCUGGCACGGCCACACGUUUCGGUGAGAUGCCCGAGCAGAAAGGCAUCAUCAGAGGAGAGCAUGGUCCCACUUGCAUGGUGCUCCGUCCCCUGGCCGGAAGUCCCUCGAAGACCAAACUCACGUGGCUGCUCAGUAUUGACCUCAAGGGAUGGCUGCCAAAGACGAUCAUCAACCAGGUCUUAUCACAGACCCAGGUGGACUUUGCCAACCACCUGCGCAAGCACCUGGAGUCCAGCCCCGCUCCUGACGCCAGGUGUUAAGGACCAGCCUGCUGCUUCCAACUGUU